AUGAAAUUUAUAAUCACAAGAUGGUCCUUUGUACUUUCCUUUUCUGCUCCAUUUGUCAUGAUCAUAUAUGAGCUAAAUGCUGAAAACUUAUCAAAUAAAACAGGACAGAGAACGACAUUAUAUGUUGGUUCAAUGGCGCCUAUGACUGGCAAGAGAGCAUGGUGGGGAGCUGGAAUACCGCUGGCCAUCGAGAUGGCUUUUGAAGAUAUCAACAAAAGAGAUGAUAUUCUAAGAGACUAUGAGUUAAAAUUGAUCUCUCGAGACACGCAGGUAUUGAAUUUAUCUAGGAGACUGAAUUUCCCUUGAGAUCUUUUCUUAACUCACUCAGUUUAUCUGUAUGUCCGCCAACAUUUCGGGAAUCACCGGAAGUCAGCUAGCAAAGAGGUGAACUGUUACAUUUUGUGAAAACACAAAAAACGCACGAUGUUCACGCUUUCCUGAGAGAUCAAAUAUUUCAAGUCUAAAGACGAUACAUUUUCCCGUCUUAAAAGAUUCGGGCGGUGAUUGGAUCGGAUUGGUUCGCCUUAUUUCAUAGCUCAUUUCAUAGGUCUUUUAAUACAACAAACUAUGAUCCUUCGGUUCUAAACUACUUGUCGACUGAGCAGGAUGCACGUAGAAAAAUGACGAGGAAAUAAAGAUCCUCUUUCUCUUAUUCUUCAUAUUUCAUUUUUCCGUAGGGAGACACUGGUCGCGGGAACAAAGUUUUCUACGAUUUCUUAAACGAAGGAAAAGUCCGUCUGAUACUUGGUCCUUCGCGGUCAAAUGUUGCUGAGUCGGCUGGUGCGACAGCUAAGUACUACAACAUGAUUCAGGUCAGUAACAGAGAAGUAAACAACAAGACAAAGUAACAGUGGGCUAUUGACAGAUUCGAAAUUAACACUAUCAGCUCAUUCGAUGAAACCAAAUUAUCUUGUAAUACGAUGCAGCACCACCAUAGAUUAAUCUAGUUUAGUAACAAAAGUACACAAAUAAGGAGACACAGAACCGGGGGGCAGUCAAGGUGUUGGCUUGGCAUCACACAGACUUAACUGAGGUUUUUUCCCAGCAAGAUGUGUCAAAUCCCUACUUUUUCAUAUUUGUCUUCGUCGAUUACAAAAUCUAUCUCUAUCAUGUCCGCCUCUGCUUCACUUUCGCCGGUUUUCACUGGCAACAUCAGAUCGAGGUCAGUCGUUAUGUCUUGGAAAUGGGCGUUCGUUCGUUCGUUCGAGAAGGAAGCCAUUGAUUCGUUCUUGUUAGAAGCCCCUGGUUUGUCUUUUCCUUGUGUCAAUAACUAAAAUAUCGUUAUGAAAAACAAUUUAAGGAAAUUAUCAUUUUGUUGUUUUAUUUUUACUCAAAGGUGUCUCCUUCUGCAGCUUCAGGCGAACUAUCCAAGAAAGACGUAUUCCCUUAUUUCUUCAGAACGGUUCCAGCAUUGUCUGCCGCAAAUCGUACGUUUAUUGCUAUCGCAAAAACAUUUGCGUGGACUCGAGUGGCCAUACUGUACCAGAGUAGAGAACUUUUUACAUCCGUAAGUAUUCUUUUCUGUCUUUAAUCGACAACUUUCACUUCUUCAGGCUUGAAGAGGUCUGAGGCUUGAGUGCUCAUGCAAAUCAGGGAACAUUUUCCGAUCCGAUCUCCGUAGCUAAAACCGGGUCUUUUGGCCUUCUGCAACGAAGAUAUAAAAAAUUCUCAGAAGAAGAAAGAGUAGUGUGGAUGGAUAUCAGAAACUUUGUCAGCCAUACUAAAAACUUCGAACGGCACUAAUAUCGUCUCUGUUGAAAAUUUCAUAGGCAGCAUCAAGCCUCAGGGAAGAAUGCAAAAAGAAUGGAAUUGAAGUGAUCUCUUAUGGAAGCUUUUUGAUGGAUCCAAAGAAUCAAAUAGAACAUCUUAAGGUACUGUUAGAAAACCAAACGAUUUUUCCUGAAUUUGUAAGAUAAGCUUCGCAAGGAAAUAAUACUUGUAGUAAUCAUGAUAAGAAACAUAAACAUAACUUUUAAAAAGGGAGCUUUGACCUCGUUAGCACAAUUUUAGAUUUAGAAUAUUCGUAUUUAUUUGAUUCUUACCGUCAAACCCACCAUGCUUUGCAGAUUUUCGUAUCAUUAUCACCGGACAUCCGAAUCAUCAUCUUUUUUUUCAUUCAAAACAAUGGUAUUCAUCAAAUUCUUCUUGGAAAUCGAGCUUUCAACUAAAUCUAUAUACUCGAUAGUCGAGUACAGGUGAAAAGAAUUUCAAGUUAAGAAAUCAAUCUCAUCGGUGGGCCACUAAGCAACGGGUACUGAACCUCUACCAAACGCUUAUAUGUUUUUGGCCAUGUUUUUACCCGUGGUAUCCACUCCUUAAAUUCCACACAGGAUAUUGAUGCUAGGAUCAUAUUUGGUUUCUUUUCCUAUUCAACCAGAACUAUGUGCGAGGUAAGGAAUGCAUUUCGAACCAAAUUUCCAUUCAUGCUAAUUCACCAUCAUCUUAACUAAUUAUGGCAGACCUCGCAGCGCGCGCAGCAAAGCCCCAUAUCAAUAAGUGUCCCACAAAACUCACAAUCUUUUACACUUGUUUUAGAAACUCUUUAAAAAAGUAUACGUGUCUUUUUAUUGGAACAAAAUUGGUAGAGAAAGUUGAGGAGGAAAUAUCGGAGAUGAUUGGAAAAAAAUCCCUGGGGCUAAGAGGGGGGAUGAAGAUGCUAGGGAGAUCCGAUAUCCGUCGCUCUGACGUCAUUUUCGUUUAUACAGAAUGUAUUUGCAUUUCACUUCUCUUUUAAAGUUUUAAAGUCUUAACCAGAACGCUGUCUCAGAAAAUUGCGUUUUGCUGAGAUGGCAAGGUCUGAAUCUCAGAAAGGUUUUGAAAAAAACUUUCUCUAAGUUAAAAAGACAAAACAAAACAACAGCAACAACAAGAAACACAAAAAGUGACAAACGUCGUCCCUUGUCGAUUAUUUAUAUAAUUACCAACAUACCGACAAAGGGCGACCUAAGACUAUUACGUUACGAUCAGAAAUUCGCAAUUCAUAUAUUUCGAUCAGAUAACAACUGUUUUUUUCCAAUCUACGACUCCACGUCUUACUUUUUCGCAUUUAUAUAUUCGGUCCGUAAGUUUUUUUUGGCAGCAGGCCGAAUCCUUUAAUUCCUUAAGCCAUAAUCCCAAUCAAUCAGUCAAUCCAAAAGAGUGAUUUUUUCACUAUCAGAUCUACAAGCAUAAUAUGCAUGGGCGAAAGUACGCUUGGGUUGUUCACACUCCUGACAAAGAUGGAUGGUGGAGGAGAACUUUCGCUAAUGUCAACUGCACACCAGAAGAAGUCAACGAGGGCGCAAAAGGGACCCUCUUAGUUAACUAUAUGUGGCUCAGCAGCUCAAAGAAUCAAACAGUGUCUGGAAUGGUUGGUAGAUAUAUAGCCAUUUUGAUGUAUAGAGAAUAAUACAUGGGCGCGCGUAGAUAUGGAAUUCUCUUCGAGUGUUCAACUCGAUAGCUCAUCGGCGAGUAAGCGCAGUGAACGAGUGCCAUGUCAAGUUGAACACGAGAGGAGAGAUGCCAUAUCCGCAAGCAACUAUGUAUUAUUUUGUUUAACAUUUAAACACAGUAUUAAAGUCGAAUUUAUUAAUGAACGAUAUAAUAGGAUCGACAGUACCCGGAUAAAAACCGACUAGUGCGUUGGCUCAAGAUAAAGACAUUCGUUGAAUCGUUCCAAAAAAAAAAACAAUGGCCGUAAUUUUUAAUAUUCAAAAUUGUCAGUUAUUGACUUUGUCCUUACCGACAGAAUAGAACUUUCAGGUGCACAACCAAAAUCGGCCUGUGGCAAAUGCUCCAGUUGCCAAAGCCACUGAAUACGUAACUUUCGGCUUUUCUGGUCGAACUUCGGUUUUCUUUCCCAGAAGGGGAAGGUCACUGUCUGUAAGCGAUACGGAUGUUUCAGUGUUUUCGCAACCAUAAUCCGAAAAAAUUCCGACAAAUGACCUUGGAUUGAGAAUGGCGAAAGCUUUGCCGUUCAUUCAUCAACUAACCGAGGGGCGCGAAAGGCGAGUGAGUAAGAGCGAAUAAAAGGUCUAACGCUCAAAACGUCAGCUUUAGUAACUCUACACGGUGGCAUAUCAGCAGCUGAUUUGCGAUAUCAAACACACGCGAAAAAAUAUCGUAUUUUGUCACGUGCGUUGUUACGGCUUCACUCAGGGCUGGAAAUUCUUCUACAACACCGUAGUUUAUAUGAUGAAUAUCGUUUUCUUUAACAAACGUUUCUCAAAGAGUAACUCGAUAUCCUGAUAAUUAAACACCAACCCUGAGAAAAGUCCCAAUCGCGCACGUGUAAAAUUAUGAUAAUUUUUUACUUGUGUUUGAUACCUCUAAUCAGCCUUUCUCGCCACUCUAUCAAGUUGUUUAAUGAACGGCAAAGCGUUCACCACUCCCAAGCCAAAGUCUUUUGCAUGCUGAAAUUUUCUUAUCAGUAAAGAACUAUGGUGUUUGUAUAUAUAUAUAUAUAUAAACAGUACGAGAGCGUGCAUAGAUUUGAAAUUUCUCUUCUUGUGUUUAGAUUGAUAUCUCAACGAACGAGUUCUGUCUGUACGUGUUCCCUUGUGUUCCUCUUUAUCUAAAUUUGAUUUGACCAAUUGAAAAUUAUCAUUAUCAUUAUUAUCAUUCCUACUGUAACUACAUAUCACUAUCAUUAUUAUCCAGCUUCUACGCUCACAAUUUCUUGUUUAUUAUUUCACUUUUCCUUCCGUUUCGAUUCCAUGAUUAUCUGUCUCCUCUUUUACAAGCUGGGGCCUAUUUUCUCUUCAUGAUGUACGGUAUCAUCAGUCACUCAGUAUUAAUUAGGUGCCUUUCUUUAUCAGACACCCGAGGAGUUCAAAUCGAGUUUCAUUCAAAAGGCUAGGAAAUCAGAUAUAAGAGCGACAAACUACAAAGGGUUUGCAUAUGAUGCAGCCUGGCUUGUCGCCCUUGCGUUGAAUAGAACAGCGCAAAAUUUGGCUCCAACGAUUCCUCUUGACACCGUCGCAUUUGGAGACAGAAAUUUCUCAGACCUAAUGAAGAAAAAUCUGUUAUCAACGGAAUUUCAAGGCGUUACGGUAAGUGUAAGAUAAAAACGUUUCUAUGAAGAUUUCUGAUUGGUUGAGUUUGAUCCAUGAAUAUCUUUACUAAGAUCGUUGAUUUGGUUUCUUGUGCCUGCCUCUCCUCGUUAGUUUGUUUUAUUUUGUUGUUUUCCCCUCUUUUUAGCUCUUGUUUUGUUUUUUUUCAUGAAAAUACUUUCUUCCUUCAGACACUUCCAUGAAGGUUAGCGAGGCUAACUUUAUAAAGCGAAAGAGACAAUGGUAAUAAGUAACAAGCGGUCCAGCGAUUAUUGAAUUAAAUAGUCAGUCUUGUCGGAUAUAACAUAGAAACUACUUAAGAAGCAGCAUAUCGUCAAAUCCAAUCACAAUAGGUCAAAUUACCGCCAUCUUUGAUAAAGUCUUAGAAGUUUUGAAAAAAAGUGAGCUUAGCGCCACCUUCAAGGUUGUAAAGUCCCAGGAAUUCCAAAUGUUGCGCUGUGCCACAAUGGAGUUUGAUUGAGCUGGAAUGUGCAGAGCAAGAAAAGUUAGCAGCUUUAAUUGUCAACUGAUAAAAAGUAUUGAGUAGUUUGGAAUUAUCGUUUUCUGUCCGUAAAAAUGACAUUCCUAAAGUAGUAUAAUGUUUCCAUUUUAGAGCUUCUUAAAACUAAAUGACAAAGGAGACAGGUCCGGCGUGUUUGAAAUAUCACAGCUAAGAGGUAUCUUAUGCUUUUCUACAUUCACACAGUAUGAUCGUGUAGGAAAACUGCCCGAGUAAUUACAACAGCCAAUCGGAAGAAAGGAAAAUACUCUAGGGAGCCAAUGAGAAUUCAAAGUAAUAAAAGCAAACUGCCCAAAGCGCGGGAAAACCCAGGCGACGAAGUCGUGAUUGGUUUUAGUUUUGCAUCUGAUUGGUCGAGUAAGUGGUGCGUGAUUUCAGGACCAAUCACAGAGCAAAGUAAAGCAAAACUAAUGCAAUCCCGAUUACUUUCCCCACUGUUAGUAAAAUCAUGUAAUUUACUCUCGAUUUGGUUAGUAAUAAUUAUCUUGGUGUAUAGUUGAAUUUUUUCGUCAAAAUCUUAAACGGAACAUUCUAGGCUCGAUUGUAUCAUCAAAACAGGGAAAACGGCUUGAAUAAUUUCAGUAAUUAUGAUAAGUUAAAUUCAUUUUGAUAAAGUAACAAGGGAAAAGGAAGGGAAGAGAAAAGUUCCCUUUCCAGAUGUACAUGCCAUGUAACAAUAAUUCCUGUAAUCAAAAUAGGAGCAGAGUUUGAAGCCAUCUGCAGUCACGAUGUUGGACGAACCUCCUUGAAUUUUUAUCCUGAUAAAGACUUUCGCUGGGAAGGUAAACUUUAAUCGUAAGCCGGUUUUGCUUGCCUUAAUUACCUUGCGUUAGAAAACAAAACCCCUUCAAAAGUAAUUGUUCCGAAGGCAUCAAAAUACAGUAAACAUGAGGCUAAUGUUUUCUGGAGUAGGAUUCAACUAAUGUAUUUGAUGAUUCUCGCGUUUUCAAAUCUUUCGUAGGUAUGACUGGCGUUUUCAAAUCUCUGUAUGAAGAAGAUUUUAAUUUUCAAUUGUAAAAACCACAUAUUGGAUAAGAAAAAAACUGAUCUUACUAUCACAGAUUACCAAUGGCAAUCUGUGAUAAAACUCAGCAUCUUAUCCUGACAGAGCUAGUCUAAACUUAUUAAUUAGGAUUAUUUAAAGAAAUUUCAAAACAUGUGUCAAGACUUGUAACUAUGUUUUUUUGUAUUUUUUUUAGCUGUAAAUGACAUACAAUUGAUCAUGGCAUGUGAGCCGAACUUUCAGAAAUUUUAGAACAAUAGGCCUGAAAAAAUUGAGAUGAAAGAUAUGCUUCGAACUCGUACCUCUCAGAUUCUAGUCGGGCGCUAUUAUUAACUGCACUACGAAGCCACAAGCUGACAAAUUUUUGUGGUUGUUCGUUCAGACUUUGCAUUGUUUUUUUAUUAUUCUUUUCUCAGGAGGGAGAGCGCCGAUGGAUCGACAAAGUGAACACAGGCAGCUGUACACAAUGUCCAUGUCUGUGUUUUUCUUCAUGUGUUCUAUGGCCUCCUUUGGAAUUUUCUUAGCAUUUACGUUCUUGUGCUUUAACAUUAAGAACAGGAAUAAAAGGUAGAACAAUCUGUUUGAUAUUUUAAAAAGUCAAAAAAAGAGCCGGGGCAUCAAAGUGUAUUGUCACUAGAUAAUUGUCCAUGAUCAGUAAAAGAAUUCUAUUUAAGUCCAUUUUUUGAUUAUACAUAAAAAAUUUCAUAAAAAUUGAUAAUGGAAUUAAGUCUGUUCGAGAUCCGUCUCUCGUCUUAUUGAAUAUGUGGUGUGAAUUUGCUUAUUCUGCCAUCUAGCAGUUUUUUGGCCAUAUUUUUUUCCCAAUAAGUCAGAGUAUUGUAAUGUUCGAUUAUUAUUUUCAAUGUUAAAUUUUUCUCAUCUCUACUAGUUUGAUAAUAAAUCAUUUGGAAAAUAGAAUGAUACUAAUUCAUACGUAGAUUACCGGAUCAAAUAACAGAUCUAUCUUUGUAUCGUUUUAUCCAAACAUUAAUUUUGCGACUAGCAACUGCAAAGAUUUCUUAACCAAUGAAUUUUCAUGCCCUGUCAUGUCAUGUCAACUCGAUGUCAUGCAAUCGCAUGUUUACGUUAUGUCAUAUACCAGAAGAAAGAAGGUUUUUCGUGUUUCCGCCAGUCAACUAUUUCGUUUUCUAAUUCUUGUUAGAUUUGUCAAAAUGUCGAGUCCAAACCUGAACAAUAUGAUAAUCUUGGGCUGCAUUCUGUCGUACAUAUCUGUCAUUCUGUUUGCAUUCGAUGGAGAGCAUCUUAAGACUGAACUUUGCACGGUAAGUUCCCUUCUGUUCUCCUAGAAAAGAUACUUUUAAGUUUGCAACCGCUGAUAAGGUUACAGAUUGAAGUAGAAACCCUAGAAACCAACAUCAUGACCCGCUCUCAGUUGGCUUGUUAGCUCAGUUGGUAGAGCGCUGCACCGGUAUCGCAGAGGUAAUGGGUUCAAAUCCCGUACAGGCCUGAAUUUUUUUCAGGCCCUAUUUCCACUACUGCCUAAGUAGUGCACAUUACUGUGAGGAUCACUUUCAUUCACGUCUUUAUCCGCAGUUCAAAUAUAUGACUUUCAUAUAUUCUUAACCAAUUGGCCUACUGUUUCUCGAAAAUGGGAUAUCUCCAUAGAAUAGUAACUUAGCUGAAUCAGUCGGCAAAAUUUUUUCCUACUCCUGUGACUCAUUUAUUGUAUCUUUUUUCGUUGAAUUAGACAAGGACUACUACUAUUUGUAUUGGCUUCACAUUUGUCUUUGGUUCCCUGUUUUCAAAAACGUGGCGCGUUCACAAAGUCACCAGGAUAACAAGCGCAAAGAAACUGGUAAGAAAUAGAAGUCUUGUCUGUGACAACUCUUUCUCUUAUCUCUUUAACUUAUGUUUACCUCCCUACAAUGUGUUACUUUUCAUUUUUUUUACUUCCUCCUUUCAGAGUUCUCCCUCGCUUUUCAAGUUGCUCAGUUCCCUCCUUGAAAUUUCAGUUCGUCUCUGUUUUGAUUUAUUUUUUAUUAAUUAAUUCUCUUUUGGUAAAAAUAAAGAAAUCUUCAAGCGUGCUGACAUACUUUGAAAACGCAUUCCUUUAAGGAAAUUUUUCAUGGGAGACGCCGGGUAACCUUAGCUUGAGUACAGGUUUACGUAGAGGAAUUUGUUAGUGCAAAAGUUUUUGGAUCUUUCAGAUUAUCAGAGACCUGCAUCUCUUUGGCGUCAUUGGCGUUCUCAUUCUCAUAGACGCUGUCAUCCUUCUUCUUUGGAACUUUUUGGAUCCUUUUCAGAAGAAAAUUAGAUAUCUCCCAGCACUGGUAAAGAAGUAUAUACACAUUUCUGUUCUUUAAAGAAAAAAGAGUUAUUGACAGUGUGUGCGAUGACUGACCUAAAGAACAUUGUACUUUUGAAAGUUCCUUUUUCCUCUCAAAAAAGGUUUAAAGUCCUCAUUCGGGAAAAACGCGAAAGGUUUAACACAGGACUGAAAUAGGUUUUGGUUAAGUGACAAUGAGUCAAAGCCCUCUCUCCCAAUUCAGCAAAACAAAACCCAUUUCCUGUAUUUUCCCUUUCGUAGAUCUGUGCCCGUUGUCAGUCCACUGGUCAUCUGUACCCACCGUUUCUCAGGUCCUGUGUACUCGCUGUUCCCUAGGUUCUUGUGCCUCCUCCAAAUAUUUAUAAUCUUCCUAAUAAGAUGAAUGUGGUCUGCUUGUUCACAGAACAAUCACGAGGAUGACAAUAUUCUUCAAUUGCCGUACACAUAUACGUGUGAAGUCAACCGCAUUGAAAUCUGGCUGGGCUUGUUGUAUUCCUACAAGGGAAUAUUGCUCCUGUUUGGUUUGUUCUUGGCUUGGGAGACAAGAAAUGUUAAGAUUCCUGCCUUGAAUGACUCUCAUCAUAUAGGUAAUUUUUAACUGAAAUAACCUCUCCGGUAACUAGAACUAUUGGUGAUCUUUUUCCUUCUCGCCUUGGGAGUGUGUGCGUUGAAAUUCCUUGUAUAACUGAGGCCUUUUUGAAGACGGAUUAUGAAAGGUUGUAAAACUUUCACGAGUUUAGGCCCAACCCAGGUCCUGGUGAACGAACCAUUUUCUUUUCGGAAAGUGUCUACGAGCUGAUUUCUGAGGGAUGGGGAAAGAACGACUGAAUACUUCUCAAACUGUAACCCUUGCUCAUUUUUUUUUCUUGUCUUUUGUCAUUGCUUGGUGUGUUAGGCUCGGGAUGUAGAACUCUUCUGUAAAUUUAUGAAAGGGGUAUUCUUUGAUCUGAAAAGUAGGAUAUGAGAAUGGAAAGGUUUUUGGUGUCGGGAAGGAGUGUAAACGGCAUCUCCGCACACUUCUUCUCGCUUCAAAUGUACUACUAUGUGUGAAAUAAUUGUGCUAUGGUUAUUUCACCCUGUCUUUUCAGGUAUGGCCGUUUACAACGUCGUUAUCGUUUGCAUUGUUGGAACUCCAGUUGUAACUUUUGUACACGAAAAGCAAUUCGAGGCGUCGUUUAUAAUAACAGGCAUCUGCAUUCUUUUUAGCACAACUUCUACCCUUUGCAUUGUGUUCGUACCAAAGGUAGGAUUCCCUGAGUGGAGUUAUAAACACGAAUGCUAUUCGUUUAAAAAAAAUGUCAUCUUUAGACUUUCAAAACGAGCAGGCAUGAGUUUUUUCCUUUUGUUAUCCAUUUUGAUCACUAUUCUCUUCUACUGAGGUAAACAUUAAAUUAAAUAGAUUUGUGUGACUAACUAAUUUUCCAUCCUUCUGUACAAUGCAAUUUCGUCUAACUGAUCAUACAGCUAGUUGGUUAACUUGUAACCCUUCCCAAGUUCUGUUGCAGCAUCAUGCAUCCUUCUUCACGUUAAAUUUUUCCUUUUUCUUUUCCCUUUUUUUCGUGCGGUCAACUUUCCCGUUGCAAGCAUCUCUGACAAAGGGGGACGGUACAAAAUUUAAAAUGAUUUCGAGAAGGGACAUGAUGGUUAUUAGUGCUAUUCUUUAAACCAUUUUAAUGAUUAUUUUUCUUAGUACCUCUCUAUAAUCCACCUCCGAGAGAUAUUUUCUCGUCCAAAAACAGUAAUAAUUAAUGACGAUGAUGUUUAUGAUGACAAUGCUGAGAAUGAUAAUGAUGAUGAUUUUCCAUUUUCCAUCAUCUCAAAUCCCCUUCUUAACUCUUCAAAAAAGUGACUGAUUGACUCUUCUCAGAUUGCAGCGCUUAGGAAAAACGGAUUAAACGAGGAGUACCGUGCUCGAACGCGCACCUUCAGCUCGUUGGAUACAUUUACCGUCACCACAGCUAAAUGCUCCCGUUCUGGUAAAGACACCGUCAACAAGGAUGGAGAACUUCAGCGACUUAGGGAAAUGCUAGACAUGGUACGUAGUCAGAAGCCAGAUAAAAGUGGUGAUGGUGAUGGUGAUGGCGGGGUUAGCAGGGGAGGGGAGGGGGGCUAGCAUAUUGGGGAAAGGAGGGCAGAAGACUAUUGUGGCCCGGGUACGAUUUCUCCGACCUAAGGUCACUUCUGGGUUUAGUGCGUUGUUGGUUCUCGUCCUUUGCUUUCUUCCCUCCAAAAAACUCUUAAAGUUCGAAUUCUAUCUCGGGAACAAUGGACGAAGGCAAACUGUUCGUUUACCCAACCUCGUGUUUCUCCAUAAACCUAGUGGUAUGGUCUGCCGGCAGGGGCUAAUAUUGUCGAAAUGAGUGUUCUGUUUGAAUUUUAUUCACAGCUUCAACGAGAAAAGAAAAGAAUAAGUCACAGCAAUGGAACCAGCAUGACCACGCAACUGUAAGAUGAAUCUUAGACUGCACUGAACACAUACUGACAAUGUCACCCAGCUAGCUCGUGACUACAUUUUCGUUGAGAAGUAUGACGAGAGACUUAGAUGAUCGUAUUGUCAUCAGGAUAAGUUUGCGGUUUCUUUGUUCUUCAAAAACUCAUUAAUAAUUCAUAAGCCCAUUAACCUAUCAAAUGGUAGAUAAUACAUCACGUGCAGUGACUUUAUAUCGAUAAACCUCAUCUUUAUUUUUAUGUGGUGUUUUAUCAGAUAUAAAGACACUGCA